UUUUUUAUUUUUUUUAAAUUUAAUUUGAUAUUUUUUCAAAUAAAAAAUGGUUAAAACUUGUUCAGUGAAAGGAUGCAACUCCAAAGCUGGUCAAGGAAUUAAGUUUCACGGACUUCCUAAAGGAGAUAUUUCUAAGGAAUGGAUUAAAUUUCUUGAAAAAAGUAAUCCAUCAUUUAAGCUUUCAAAAACUUGUACCAUCUGUGGGCUACAUUUUGAUUCUGAUUUGGACUAUGAAAUUACAGCUACCAGUGUAUAUCAAACUAAGCAAUUGAAAAAAAAUGCUGUCCCAAGUAUCUUAAACCCAACUGCACGUAGAUAAUUGUUUUGUGAGUCAAAUACUGUUUCUAAUUGUAAUGCAGAGGAAGAAGUUGUGACAUUGUCAUUAUUAGAUGCAUUUGCUGAACCUUUUGAAUCAUUA